AUGGCGUUACUAGUACUUUCAAAAUCCCAAUCGGCCACCAUUGUUGAAGGCGAUUCCAUUCAAUACUUUCUUGAAUUUUCCGUUUUUUCUAAUAGUUAACUAGGAAAUUUAUCUUUUUUAUUUAUAAGAUAGAGUGACCAAUAUUUCAGAAGCUAUAACCAAGGCUUAUUUAACCUUAACAGUGCAUAUUUCCAAAACCUAAAUACGUUCAAAAUGUCACGCGAAGUGAGCAUCAGAUUCGAGAACACCAUACCAUGCCCGAAAUAAAUGUGGUUUUCUUCUAAAUAAGUGUUUGAUGACUGUAAAAUAGUACAGUUUUCGGUUCGUAAUAUUUGUGGCAUGUGGUGGAAAGUUAUAAUAUCCUUGUGCACUCAUGAAAACGUUUCAGAAGAUUCUGUACACGUCGUAAGGAAGCGCAGUUACGCGGGCGAAGGCUUCAAAGUUACCGGUAUCAUUAUGGUGGACUGAGAAAGUGUUUAUUGACGGAUUACUAUUGAAUACAUGUUGUAAACAGUGCUGCGACGGCUCCGCGCACGAUGUCAGGCGGUUCGCAGCACAAUCCUAACGGCCGGCAAUCUCAACUGGGCCCCGGCUGGAGCCCCUUGCAGUUACAGGUGGCCAACUUCCUGGCGCGCGCGCCCCAGGCUCACAUGGCGUCUGACAGAGGCGUGACGUGGCAUACGCCGACACCCCCGCCGCAUAUGUACCAUGUGCCAGCACCGUCGCCACCAGACCCGUUGCAGGGUCUAUUGCAAUUGCAGGCGAUGAAGAACGCCGCGGGAAACUCCGUGUUCAGACACACGGCGACGCCGCCCGAGCUGUACAGGCACACGCCCACCCCGCCAGACAAACAUCUGUUGAGGCAUACGCCGUCACCUGGUGAUGUCAAAGCGGGCGCGGCACUUCCCCCUGGUGAUCUUUAUCCACAUCUAGGACCAGGCAGAGAGAAACUACGACCAGAGGAGUUGCUGUCGUACGCGCGCGUGGGUGUAGACCUGUCCCUUGCGGGGCGGGCGAGUGCAGGCGCGAACGGGUCGGCGUCGUCCCCCUCCCCCGCACCCGCGCCCGCCCCCGCAUCCACCACCGUCCCGCCCGGGGCACCCGCCGCGCCGCCCGCGCAUCCACCGUCACCGGCGCUGUCCGUGCGCGACGCGCCCACCAUCAACAGCCUGAUCGCGCGAGCGCAGCCGCAUGCGCGACACGCGCACGCACGCGUGGACGCGCUGCUGGAGCGGCUGGUGCCGUCGCCCGUGUCGCCGCACUCGGUCAUUGUGCAUUCGCGCGCCGCGCCCACACCCUCCCCGCCCUCCUCCAAUGAGGACUCGACAGAUUCCUGCGGAGCGCCCCCUGGUUCCAAAAGAAAAAGAAAACCCGAGAGGACUUUGCGUGUGCCAACAGCUCCCCUUAUAACCCCCGCAGUGACGGUGCCGACAGCUCCCGCGUCCGUUCCUGCUUCCGCACCCUCCCCCUCUAUCAUCGCGCCCGCCCCCGCCCCUGCCGCCUCGCCGCCGCCCGUCGCCCGCCUUGUGCCCCCAGAGCCCCCCACUAAACCGCUAGAGAACGGGGAUGCCCCUCAUGCUCAGCACAACGGCCCGGAGCGGUCCCCAACCCCACCACCGGCCUCUCAGCCGCAACCGCACCCUCCACAAGAGGAACACUCAGAGAAUCAGCAACCGGAUCGCCCGCCUUCUCGAAGAAAAACGCGUUCCGGCUCUGCGGAAACUAUAGACGAUAUAGCAGCUAUGAUAGCGAGUACCACGCGAUCAGAAGCGCCUGCACCGCCGGCCCUACCUCCAGAAGCGCCUGUUACCCCAGUAAUGGAAAUGGAUGUCCCAGGGACAAUCGACAAGUUGAAAAGUGUCCUCGCUAGCCCCGAGCCCGCAAAACCGGAAACAGAGCCAGAGGUCCGGAAGUCUCCAGCCAAAAGCGAAGAGAAACCCUCAGAAACCCCUCUCGUGGAGGCAGCCGCCGCGCCGAGGAGACGGAGCGCUCGUACGUCUAACUCUGAGUCCACGAACGUACCUGUCGAAUCUCCCUCGGAGGCCAAGCCGGCCGAGCCGGAGACGAGCGGCGCGAGGAGUGCCGAGCCUACCGCCGCGAGCUUCGUGGAAGUUGAAAACCAACUGGAAAAAAUGUUUGCCGGCCUCGAAGAAGGACCUGCGAGUAACGAAAACAAUGGAACAGAAAGCGCUCCCGAUAGCAGCCGGAAACCUCAAACGACUAAAGCGAGAAAACGAAGAAAAUCUGCGCCCACGAAAGGUGACAGAAAAGCGUCAAGACGAUCGAGUCGAGCGUCCACCGGAGAAAACGGGCCAAGAAGAAAGCUGCCCAGAAAGAAAGUCGACUCAGGAAAGGGAAAGAAAAACAAAGAGGCACCUGUAAAAGAUGCUUAUGACUCUGGCAGCAAUGCGAGCUCGAGCCGAUCGAGAGGUCCAUAUAUACAGAUACGCGGUCCGCGCGACUCGCCGCUGUCGGUGAGCGUGAUCAACGCGUGGACGGGCGAGGAGGAGGGCGAGGCGGGCGCGGGCGGCGGGCGGCGCAAGGCGGACGAGUUCCGCAACGGGCUGCGCGGGCGCGGGCUGCACGCCAGCACGCUGGGGCUGCGCUACGACGCCGCCACCGCCGACCGCACCUGGCUGUGCGCCUUCUGCGAGCGCGGCCCGCACGCCGCCGCGCCGCACCUCUCGCCGCACCACCCGCUCGGCGACCUCUUCGGGCCCUACCCGCUCGACACCGACUGCGACGAGUACAGGGAGCUGGAGGAGGCGACGCGGCGCAAGUACGCGGGCUGCACGGAGGUGUGGUUCCACGAGGCGUGCGGCGUGUGGGCGCCGGGGCUGGUGGCGGCGGGCGCGCGGCUGUGGGGGCUGGCGGCCGCCGUGUGGGCGGCGCGCGGCGCUCGCUGCGCGCUCUGCGGCCGCGCCGGCGCCGCGCUCGCCUGCGCCGCCCGGGCCUGCCGCGCGCGUGCGCACGUACCCUGCGCCGCCACACCCGCCGCCAGCUGGCGCCUCGACCACGCGCGCUUCCGGGCGCUGUGCCCGCGCCACGCCGCCGCCUCCGUCUAGUGCGCGCGCGCGCCACACUUACACUACGGAGAAACUCGUCGAGUGUUGGCCAUCUGACACUUUGGCAACAUCGCAGGCAACGGAAACAGUAGUGGCCCGCCUAGUUUUUAUAUGCAUCGAGGUAGUCGCGGCACUCGUCCCGCGGGACGGGCCGCCGCCCGCCGCCCUCCCGUUCUACAGUUCGGUACCUUUCGCCCCGCGCGACUAUUUACUCGUAAUAUUACGCCUCAUCUAGAUGUUUUAUGCGUCUGUGUAACAUAGAAACGAUGUAGAUACGUGAUUCUCUGUUAACUUUGUAGAUGUAAUUUAUUCAGCUGCCCGACAUCCGAACGUUUACAUAUAUGUACAGAAUAUUUUACAUAUAAAUUAGGCCCUAGCGGUGAAUAGUUGUACACAAUUUAUGGUAAAAUGGAUUUUAGAAAUUAUGUAAAUAUAGUUUAUAUUGUAUGUACAUAGCAGUUUUACGCGUCGGAACACCAUUGUAUAAAAAACAUUUUAAACCGUAAUUGUGAAUUUAAACAUUUGGUAGCAUUAAUUUUGUGAUCAUUUUAUUGCUUUCUCAACUUGAAAAUUACGACUAUCGACUUCACAUGUUAUAUUGGCACAACUAAUAUGUACUUAUUAAAGCAAAGGAAAAAUGGCAUGUCUCAAAUGAUUCCAUGCCUCAAGGUAUACAAUGAGUAAAUAAUAUAGUGUGUGAACAUUACUUUUCUCUAUACCAUAUCUUUAGUCUAUGGUUAACUUUGCCCUCUCUAUCAUACAGUUAUACAUUUAUAAUAAAUAAAAAAAAAAUUAAGCAUUAUACUUAAAUACUUUUAUUUGUACAUUUUGCAAAUGAUAUUAAUUAUGUGUGUCCUUGUAUAUAUAGGACUGUUACUUUACUCAUUGUAAACUGACCAAAAUAUUGUAAAUCUCAUAAUAUUGUUUACAUAUUAUGUAACAAUGCAGUGAUAUUAAAAGUAAUAAUUUUUACUUUUGUGUAAUAAUUAUUAUAAUGUUUUAUGUGAAACAACUUUUUAGUUGCCAUUUUAGAAUGAAAACUAGUCUAACGGAUAGUGUCUUGUGAUUUAAAAGAAAUAUGAAUUGUUUGGGGUCUAUUGAAAUUUACAAUAACAUUUUUAGCUUCUUAAAUAAUUGUGUAUAUGGAUCAUACUGCAUUGUUAUAGGGGAAUGAAUGGAAUACACACUGUGUAGUGAUUGAUCUAUUAUACUUUAUGGUUAUAUUACCGUAAACUUUACGCUUAACAUGUGCGAGGUGCCUCGGAGUUUUUGUGCGCUUAUUUAGAAGUUAAUGUUCCCAUAUUGAUAAAAGUAACGAUUCUAUAUUGAUAGACAUUUUGUAUUAUAUAAAAAUCAAACAUUCAUUAAUCGUGUGGUAAUCAGGUGAAUCAGAGGUUUCAUUAUUGAAACCUAACCAGUGUAAGAACAUUAAUGGCUGCUUAUUUAAUAUUGCAUUAGAUUGGAGCAGUUUUGUACAACGUAUUUUCAGUCACUGUAAUGUAAUAAGUGCGAGCGAGGUUGUCGUGUGAUUAUGGAACUGUGUGAACCGCAUAAAAAUGUCGAGGCCUCCCGCGUAUCGGAAUAUAUGGAGCUAUGAUCGUUUGUUAGCCAAUGAGCGAGUGUUACACGCUAAUUAUCGUGUACUGUAAUUCCAGUGAAUAGAAAAUAGAAUUUAUUUAGAGAAUAUUAAGGUACAAAUUUAUAGUAGGGAGAAUCGGGCCAGUUUUAGUGUUUUUAAAAUUUAUUCAAACAUCAGACGUCGCAUGAACACGUAAUUAUGAACAAUGAUGAACACACAGCAACCCAAAGCCUUCAUAUUGUAAAUGGUGUAAGAAUUUUUUUAUCACUUACGUCAAAUGAUUACUUUAUUAAGUAUGUAAUUGUUAUAAAUUAUAUUUAUCAUGACAUUAUAAGCAAAUUGAAAUACAACAUGUUUAAAAUGAGA